UUUGGUUUUGAAAACAGAACACUGUUACAACUUACAACAGAAAUUUUCCUCAUUAUCCCUUCUGUUGAAGAGAGUUUUUGUUUAAUUGUUUCUCACACAAAGCACAACAACCAUAGCCUUGUUCCUUCUCUUUCUCUUGUUUCUUCUUCUUCUUCUUCUUCUUUACUCUUCAGAAACCUCGUAACUCACGCUUUAACUAAUUGAAACCAGCGCUUCCUGAGUCUCUUUCUAUUCAUCAAAUCAAAUUCUAUUGAUUUGCGCAACGAGCAAAAUCAAUUCUCGAUCCUCACCUUUUCAAAACCUUUUUUUUCUGUUGGUGGUUUUUUUCUUUCCGUUGUUUGUUCCUAAUCUCGGAGUUAAAGCGGGGAACUGGUUUUUUCUUCGAUGCUGAAUGUCAAGAGUGUGGUUUCGAUUUCGUGGCUUCUGGAAAUGCAGUUCUUCUGUUGAAUUUUGAGUGUGGAUUUGGGGGACAAAAUUUGUGAAAUUUUGUUCUUUUUUUUUUUGAGGCUUUGUGGUCUGUGAGGAAUCAAGAUGUUGUUAUCGGCUUCGCCAUCUUCUUUGGCGAAGAGCUCUCUGGAAGAGAUGCUCGAUUCUCUUCGUCGGAAAGAGGAAGAGGAAGCAAAGCCGAAGGACUUGCCUCCGGCAUUGCCGGCACGGCCGGCCUCCCGUGCACGGCUGCCUCCGGCGAGGCGGUCUUUGCCGAAUAACUUUAAGGUCGGAGACGGCAGUAACGCCAUGCCGGAGUGCUUGCCGAAUGGGUUUGAUUGUAAGAGGAAGGAAGAUGAGCUGGGAGAGAAGAGAAGAAGUGAUGGUUUUGGGAGCAAGAAGGUGAAGAUGAUGAUGGAUGCAGAUUCACCUUAUUUAGCUUCGUCUGGGAAGAUUAGGGAAUUGGAGGAUGAUAACAUUUCUUACAUUAUCAAAAAGAAGCUUUGUGUCUGGUGUAGACAACCAAGUGGACUGUGGGAACUAGGUACGAUACAGUCAACUUCGGGAGAGGAAGCAUCUGUUUCACUCUCAAAUGGAAAUGUUAUUAACGUGGCCAGGUCAGAGUUUGUACCAGCUAAUCCUAAAAUAUUUGAGGGUGUAGACGAUCUUAUGAAGCUCUGUUAUUUGAAUGAGCCAUCAGUUCUUCACAAUAUUAAGUUCAGACAUUCUCAGGACAUGAUUUAUACUAAAGCAGGUCCCGUUUUAAUUGCAGUCAAUCCCUUCAAAGAUCUCCAGAUUUUUGGAAAUGAUCGUAUUUCAGCUUAUAAGCAGAAAUUUACCAAUAGUCCUCAUGUUUUUGCUGUGGCGGAUGAGGCUUUUACAGAGAUGAUGAGAGAUGAAGCAAAUCAGUCCAUUAUCAUAAGUGGUGAGAGUGGAUCUGGGAAGACAGAAACAGCAAAGAUUGCUAUGCAGUACUUAGCUGCUGUUGGUGGUAGUAAUAGGGGUACAGAAGAAAAAAUUCUUCAAACAAAUCAUGUGCUAGAAGCUUUUGGGAAUGCAAAAACAUCUAGGAAUGAAAACUCUAGCAGAUUUGGGAAGCUGAUUGAAAUUCAUUUCAGCACAAUGGGUAAAAUCUAUGGGGCUAAAGUUCAAACAUUUUUGAUAGAAAAGUCAAGAGUUGUUCAGCUGGCCAGUGGUGAGAGGUCAUAUCACAUAUUUUAUCAACUUUGUGCUGGAUCUUCAUUUGGCCUUAAAGAGAGACUUAAUCUUAGAGCAGCCAGCUAUUAUAAAUAUCUUAAUCAGAGUGAAUGCUUGAUGAUUGAUGGCAUUGAUGAUGCUAAAAAAUUUCAUCAGCUGAUGAAAGCACUCGAUAUUGUCCAAAUUUGCAAAGAGGACCAAGAGCUGAUCUUUAAGGUGCUGGCUGCUAUACUAUGGCUGGGAAAUAUAUCAUUCAAAGUUGCAGACAGUGAGAAUGACAUUGAGGUUCUGGAUGAUGAAGCUGUUACCAGUGCUGCUCGGCUGAUGGGUUGCAGCUCCCAGGCAUUGAAGGCAGCAUUAUCUACCAAGAAAAUCCAGCCUGAGAAGGAUACUAAUGCAAAAAAAUUGAUAUUGCAGCAGGCAAUUCAAACGAGAGACGAAAUUGCAAAAUUUAUGUAUGAAAACUUGUUUAACUGGAUUGUAGACCAAAUCAACAAGUCACUUCAAGUGGGUAAAAGAUGUACUGGGAAAUCCAUAAAUAUCUUGGAUAUUACUGGUUUUGAAUCAUUCCAGAAAAGUAGCUUUGAACAGUUUUGUAUAAAUUAUGCAAAUGAAAGACUUCAACAUCAUCUCAAUCGGCAUCUGUUUAAGCAAGAGCAGGAGGACUACGAGUCAGAUGGGAUUGAGUGGACUAAAAUAUAUUUUAAGGACAAUCAAGAGUGCUUGGAUCUCUUUGAGAGGAAACCUCACAGUCUACUCACCUUGUUGGACGAGGAAUCAAAUUUGCCUAAGGCUUCUGAUCUAACGUUUGCAAACAAACUUAAGCAGCACUUGAGUACUAAUCCUUACUUCAAAGGGGAGAGAGGCAGGGCUUUCAGUGUUCAUCAUUAUGAAGGGGAGGUUCUGUAUGAUACGAAUGGCUUUCUAGAAAAGAACAGAGAUUUUAUGCCUUCCGAUUCCGUACAAUUCCUUGCAUCAUGUAAAUGUGAACUGCUGCCAUUGUUCUCCAAAAUGUUUGAUCAGUCUCUGAAGUGUUCAAAUUCCUUCAGCACAGGUGCCGUGGAUUCACAGGAGCAGAGUGUUUGUAAAAAGUUUAAGGGUCAAUUGUUCAAUUUGAUUGACCAAUUGGAGUGCACCACACCUCACUUCAUUCGAUGCAUAAGGCCAAAUACUAAGCAGCUGCCUGACAUUUAUGAUGAAGACCUUGUCCUACAACAGCUCAAGUGUAGUGGGAUUCUUGAGGUUGUUAGAACUUCAAGGGCUGGAUAUCCAACUCGAAUGACUCAUCAAGAGUUUUCCACAAGGUAUGGGUUUAUGCUUUCUGAGGCCAACAAAUAUCAGGAUCCAUUGAGCACUUCAGUUGCCAUUUUGCAACAAUUUAAUAUCCCUUCUGAGAUGUACCAAUUCGGCUAUACUAAGUUGUAUCUUCGAGCUGGGCAGACUGGUUCACUGGAGCUCAAGAGAAAACAGGUUUUGCAAGGAAUAGUUGUGGUUCAAAAAUACUUCCGUGGUUAUCAAGCAAGGAGUUAUUUCCAGGAACUUAAGAAAGGAGUGGCAACAUUACAAUCAUAUGUUCGUGGAGAAAUUACAAGAAGGAAAUUUGGUGUUAUGAAGCCUUCUAUAACAAUUUAUUCUAAAAAUCUUGAGGAGAUCCAAGCAAUUAUACAACUGCAAUCUGUAAUUCGUGGGUGGCUGGCUCGUAAGGAUGCAAGUACUCCAAACGGUUUUAAGAGUUAUCCUGAAAAUGCAAAACAUAGACGGAAAUCACUUGUUAAGAUGCUGGAAGUGAAGCAGGAUAUAUCCAAAGAGCGGGUUCAGAACCUACCUUCACCAUUAGCCCAACUACAAAGGCGAGUUGACAAGGCCGAAGAGGAAAAUGCUAAAUUAAGGGAACAACUAAAACAAUCUGAGAGAAAGUGGGCUGAAUAUGAGGCAAAGAUGAAAUCAAUGGAGGAAGCAUGGCAAAAACAGAGAGCAUCCUUGCAAAUGAGUCUCGUUGCUGCUAGAAAGAGCCUUGCUUCUGAUAGUGGCAAUACUCAAUCUACAAGAAAUGAAGUCCUGUCUCCUCGGUACUAUGGUUCUGAAGAUGCUAGCGUGGGAUCUCGAACAGCUGUGAACACUCCGAUAAAGUUUUCUAGCAAUUUCGGUGUCUCUGAUGGAGGCAGAGAGGCUAACGGGAUCAGAGAAAGAGGGACAAAUGGUACUUUGAGCAGUCUGAUGAAGGAAUUUGACCAGCGAAGGCAGAACUUCGACGACGAAGUUAAAGCUCUGAAUGAGGUUAAACCAGGGAACUCCACCACCACAAAUUCCAUUGAAGAAUUUCGUAAACUUAAGCAGAGUUUUGAGGGAUGGAAGAAACAAUACAAGGUUAAGUUACGCGAGACAAAAGCAAAGCUUCAUGAAGCAGAUAAAAGUCGGAGGACAUGGUGGGGGAAAUUAAAAAAUUGAGUUGGAGAGCAUGGUAGCAAUCUGUUUUCAGCGUUUGAUGAAUUGUGUAGACAAGAUCAAGAUUUAGCAAAAAGGGCAAAACAUUGUUCUUAUGAACUCUGUCCUUUAAAAAAUGCUUCUUCAUAUCAUCUUUGCUGAAUACUUGAUUUAUCAAGUGUUAUGCUUCUUCUAGUUGAAGGCGGAAAAUUGUAUAUUUACAAAUUUUGUUACAUAGUGGAUAUCCUAUAGAUUGUGCAUAGUUGUAGACUUGUAGAGUUGCUUAGCACCUGUAUUGGAUGGUCUAGUUCAUGUAAAUCCUUUAUUUUAAUUAUCCUGAGUGAAAAAACAGUACUGCUCAUGUAAAUUCUGUUGCUUAUGUGAUGUAACAUGAACUCCCCAUGCGGUAAGCUUGGAAUUUAAGGAAAUUUUCUCCUUAUUUCGGUUUGUCAA